AUCGCAUUCCCAUGACCAACCGCAGAGGAGCGUGGAGCGCCCUCAAGAUUUAAACCCUGUUGAUCUUGCUGCGCAUGGAGACGUGGGCUGGCAGGCCGCGUACUCCCGCUAAAAAAAAGACCGCUAAACUAAAAAGUCUAGCCUUUCUAACCCCACCUGACAUAGCCAGAACGUCGACUGAUUGGCAGCAGCUUGCUCACCAUCGCGGCCGAAUACCCGACUCACCACCGAGAGCAAGUCUGUGUUUAGACGGCCGUUUCCCACCUUUUAUUUGGGACUUCUUUUUUUUUUCUGGGACGGUUUCCGCUGUAGUUCGGAGUGAACCAAGCUUAGCGAUUUCAUUGUAACCUCGUUCUUCGACACCACAACGGUGAAUAUUACAUCUCCGGAUUGUUUCUCCAUAUCCAGAGGGUUUUGGUGUUUUUGCACUGUUUAACUGCUACCAUUCGGCGCCUACCCCUCCAAUCUUGGCGCUCCUCGACUCGUCUUGGCACAUUGCUGCCAGGGUCCUACUCGCCCGCUGUAGCGCUGCGCGAAUCGUUCGGGCUUAAUUGCUCCGCUCCCGUCGAAAUCGAUUUUGCGAAACACCUAAUAGCUUAAAAAAAAAACAAUGACAUCAACCACUCCCAACGCCCCUCCACCUGGGCCCCACGACGCAAACGAUAUAGCUCCGAGGAGCGCUCUGCUCCAGUCGCAAGCUGCCCCGAAGCCCGAUGAAGCACCUUCAGGCCAUAGCGAAGAGAACCAAAAGAGCGCCGACAAGGAUGAUGCCGCCGAGCCGGAACCGCAACAUCCAGGGCGGCCCUUACAUACCGCCUCAGAUCUGAAGCAAAAGUUUGACGAUAAGAAGAAGAGCUUGGCCGAAAAGAACAACCCUCCGGGCGGCUUUGAUAAAACACCCCUUCCCGACUUCCCCCCGGGUUUCACCGUAAAGAUUACAUUCCACAAGGCCUGGAACCUCCCCAUCGCCGACAUCCCGACCGCCGCGGCCGACCCCUUUGUGCACGCGACCCUGACUGCCGACGUACCCAAGCGCCACAAGGAAGAUCCGAACUUGAGGCACCGCACCCGCACGGAGCGCAGAACGCUCGAGCCGGCGUGGGAGGAAGAAUGGGUCGUCGCCAACAUUCCCAGGACGGGAUUCCGUCUCAAGUGCCGCCUAUACGAUGAGGACUACCCGGACUCGGACGACAGGCUGGGGAAUGUGACGUACGUAUCGCCCAUGAUCGACGAAAACUGGCCGGGCUUGAAGCGCCAUACUUUUGAGGUCAAGAAACGGUCGGGGAGCAAGCGGGCGUACUUUAUCAAAGCGGCCGAGUCCUUCUUCAAUAAAGAUACCCACAUGACGCCCUUUCUGGAGUUGAGCAUUGAAGUUCUGGGUCACUCUCCUCCACCAGGGGCGCAGAUGUACACCAUUUCGCCGACCAAGUUCAUCCAGCACUUUAGCCCUAUGAUUGGGCGCCUGACAGGAGUCAAGGUCACCCGUGAGGAAAGUGACGAGCGCAACUCUCAGGAUCGACCAGAAUCGGAGAGCAAGAAGACGCAGAGAUACGACUUCCAAGCGAUCGAGAUGCAACUACAGGGCCCUGUUCCACCCGAGAUGUACCACAGAUAUGUCGAGUUCAAGCGCUUUGUUGGACCAAUGUUCUCGUCGGCAGGUGUGCGAGGGCGCGUUCUCAACAAGGUACUGCACAAACAGCACCGCCGUGUAUACAACUAUGACUCGACGACAAAGCAUGCCAAUUUUGAGCCGUGCUCAAACGAGGCUUCUCUCCAGUUCCUUCAGCUGGCACACUUUGACGAAGGCGGCCGUGUCUUUACCUACGUUCUCACGUUAGAUGGAAUGUUGCGUUUCACAGAGACGGGCAAAGAGUUUGGUAUCGACAUGUUGUCCAAGCACACCAUGCAUUCUGACGUCGAGACAUAUAUUGCCUGCUCGGGAGAGUUCUUCAUCCGCAGAAAGCAGCACACAUUUGAUCUCUUCAACUCGCAUCGGCGAUCACACUCGGCGACCCAGAACGGGGAUCAGACGAAAAAGGAGGACAGUGAUGAAGGGAAGUCCCAGGAUCAACGGCGAGCAGAGGAACAAGAAAGGAGGCACGUGGGUGGCGAAGAAGAACCCGUCAAGAACUGGGAGAUCCCAGGUAGGGAAGCCUCUUCGAGUGCCGAGGAGAGCAAUGACAAAAAGGAAAAUGGCGACAAAAAGGAAAACGAGGACAAGGGGGAAACAGAGGAAAAGAAGCCAAAGAGGUCCAGCGAGAGCAACUCACCACCUCGGGAUCCUCGCAAGUAUGAGCUCAUUAUCGACAACGACUCGGGCACCUACCGACCCGACAAAUCGAUCCUCCCGCUUCUGCAACAAUUUCUCGAGCGCAAUUUCCCGGACCUCGAAAUCCGCACAAUGCACUGCGAAGACGAAGAGCUCAAGAAGCUCAAGGCGGAUCAGCACGAGGCCAAGAAGAAGACGGGCCCACGCGUGCACAUGGUGUUGAACCGAAGCCCGAGCUCAUCGAGCAUCAGCUCUUCGGACGAGAGCGACCUUUCCAGCCUGGAUCAAAGCCUAGAACGCGAAAGCGCAAAGAAGAGCAAGCGGGAGAGGGCCUGGGAUGCGCUCAACGACCCCAAGGCCGGGUUCCAGGAGCUCAAGGGGAGCCUCGCCAGGCGGCCCAAGGAUGCUACUAAUCCUGGGGAGGUGGGCAAGGCUGAAGGGGUCAAGGCGUGAGACGCGGUGCUGGUCGCCCUAUACUAAUGUCUACUUUACUAUAACUUGCUUGGAUGAACUUGCUGUCGGGGCACUGUUUUUUUGCUUUCCUUGGGGCUUGUUGCUGCACGCUUUAUUAGUAAUGUUAAAUUUUAUUAGAUCACCUUUUCUUAGAUACCCUCCUUAUUUAUCAAGAU